CGCGGGGGACUCGUUUUUUCGCCGUCCUUUCCUGCGGCGGCUUCCUUCGUCGCCUUCUUUUCCUGCUCUCCCAGGUCCCGAGGUCACCGCGCGUCUCCCGGGGAAGCAUGGCGAUGAAGGCUGUGUGCGUGCUGAAGGGCGACGGUCCGGUGAAGGGCAUCAUCCACUUCGAGCAGAAGGCAAGUGGCGAACCCGUUAUGGUGUCAGGAGAAAUUACAGGAUUAACUGAAGGCGAGCAUGGGUUCCAUGUCCAUCAGUAUGGGGAUAAUACACAAGGCUGUACCAGUGCAGGACCACAUUUUAAUCCUCACUCUAAGAAACAUGGCGGUCCAGCGGAUGAAGAGAGGCAUGUUGGAGACCUGGGCAAUGUGACUGCUGGAAAGGACGGUGUGGCCAAUGUGUCCAUUGAAGACCGUAUGAUCUCACUCUCGGGCGAGCAUUCCAUCAUUGGCCGGACAAUGGUGGUCCACGAGAAACAAGACGACUUGGGCAAAGGUGGAAAUGAAGAGAGUACAAAGACUGGGAAUGCUGGGAGCCGCUUGGCUUGUGGUGUGAUUGGGAUUGCCCAGUAACCAUUCCCUGUGUGGUCUGAGUCUCAAACUCAUCUGCUGUCCUGCUAAACUGUAGACAAAACCAGACCAUUAAACUGUAAUCUUAAGAGUUGUUAAUUGUGUGACUCCUUUGACUGCACUAGGACUUACAGUGAGAGCGGAUUGAGGAUGCUUGGGGGAUGUGUAUAACUUACUGAAUGUGUACAACUCACUGAAUUAAAAUCUGUUUGUUUCUGUGCC